AUGAAGCCUGGGAAAUCAUCACAUCCAAAGGAUUUACUUGGAGUAAAAGAUCACUGACUUCUACAAUGGAAAAGUCAUGGAUGCUUUGGACCUUUGUUAAAAGAUGGCUACUAGCUUUGGCUUCCUGGUCUUGGAGUCUCUGCCGUAUUUGUCUUUUACCCUUGAUAGUAACUUUUCACUUGUACGGAGGCAUUAUACUACUUAUAUUAAUAUUUGUAUCAAUAGCGGGUAUAUUAUAUAAAUUCCAGGAUGUGCUGCUUUACUUUCCUGAACAGCCCUCUUCAUCACGCCUUUAUGUUCCUAUGCCUACUGGUAUACCACAUGAAAAUAUCUUCAUCAAAACCAAAGAUGGAGUUCUUCUCAAUCUUAUUCUGCUGAGAUACACAGGGGACAAUGCAGCGUAUUCUCCAACCAUCAUUUACUUUCAUGGGAAUGCAGGCAACAUUGGCCACAGGUUGCCAAACGCUUUGUUAAUGCUGGUAAACCUGAAAGUAAACUUAAUUCUUGUCGAUUAUAGAGGGUAUGGAAAAAGUGAAGGAGAAGCAAGUGAAGAAGGUUUGUACUUAGAUUCUGAGGCUGUGUUAGACUAUGUGAUGACUCGGUCCGAUCUUGAUAAAACAAAAAUUUUUCUCUUUGGCCGUUCCUUGGGGGGAGCAGUGGCUAUUCACUUAGCUUCUGAAAAUUCCCAUAGGAUUUCUGCUAUCGUGGUGGAGAACACCUUUCUUAGCAUCCCAUACAUGGCCAGCACUUUGUUUUCUUUCUUUCCGAUGAGGUAUCUUCCUUUAUGGUGCUACAAAAAUAAAUUUCUGUCCUACAGAAAAAUCUCCCAGUGCAGAAUGCCUUCUCUCUUCGUCUCUGGGUUGUCUGACCAGUUAAUUCCACCAGUUAUGAUGAAGCAACUCUAUGAAUUAUCCCCAGCUCGGACUAAGAGAUUGGCGAUAUUUCCUGAUGGAACUCAUAAUGACACUUGGCAAUGCCAGGGUUAUUUCACUGCACUUGAACAGUUCAUCAAAGAAGUAAUAAAGAGUCACUCCCCUGAAGAAAUGGCGAAAACAUCAUCUAACGUAACAAUAAUAUAAUUGAUAUUCUUCUUUGGGGUGGGGUGGGGGGAGUACCUGCACUGUACCUUGAUUUGUGAAAAGUGGUAAAAGAAUGUCCAUUUUUAAAUGUAUGUCAUGUCUGUACUUGCCUAAAGAGUGAAAUUAAACUUGGAAGGGUCUGAUGCU